AUGGAACCCUUUCCCCAUCUUCCUCUUCUUACACAUCCAGUCGAUCGAGAGGCUGAGAACCCACACUUCUUCCCGCCAACACCAAGCUCCCGCCCCCUCCCACCGCCCGCUGCCCCGAAGCCCCGCAGCAGCCACAGGGGGAACCAAAGAGACAGAAGCCUUCCCAGCUGCCCGGACCACAGACGCCAACACCCCCCGCCCCCCACCACACGCCGCCCGCCGGCGCCCCGCACGCUAACCCACGACCGAGCGGCGGCGGCAGCAGCGGGCUGCGGGCUGCAGGCUGCGGUGACUCGCACCGGCGCGCUCCUGGCAGCGCUAGCCAUCCCAGGUGACUGGGACUCGCUGGAUCGGCUGGCCCGGGGUCCUCCGCCCCAGCUCGCGCCCCCGGCCCGGGUUCUGGCUCGCGGGAAGGGAGGUCGCGGCAGCGGCCCGGCGGCACCGGCGACCGUGGCGACAGCGGCGACAGUGGCGGCGGCGGUGGCGGCUGCAGCGGCGGCGGAGGCUGCGGCGGCGACCGUGGCAGAGGCGGUGGCAGAGGCCUCCGUGGCGGAGGCGGAAGCAGAGGUGGAGGCCGAGGCCUCAGUAGAGGAGGCAGUGGCGGAGGCCACCCUGGGGGAGGCGGUGGCAGCCCUGGCGGAGGAGGAGGCGGAGGCUGCACUGGCGGCGGCGGCCGUGGCGGUGGUGGAGGCCAGCGAGGCCGAAGCCGCCGCCGCCGCCGCAGCAGAGCCGUAG